CGCGGCGCACUUGGACUUCCCUCUCCAUUCGCCAGCCGCCUCGCUCCCGGUCCCCACGGCUGCGAACUGAUCUGGCGCGGGGGGAGGAGGAGAGCGCAGGCGAGAGUGGGAGAGAGCUGGCGAGAGAGCCGGAGCCAGGAGCCGGGAGGCACAGGGAGUAGUGACCGCCUUCCGGAGCCGGGAUUCAUGCCUGUCCUCGGGACCAGCGAAGGGGACUUUACGGCUGAGUAUGAGCCAGGCUGCUAGGAGCCAGGUAUCCCCACGCCUGCAGUCCCCGCGCCGUCCCCGGUAUGCGAGCUGGACGCAGGGCUCUCCCAAGUUCCCACCGAGCAGAAUAAAAAGCGUCCGCCCGCAGCUCUCCGCCAAAGACGGACAUUGACUCCAGGACUCCAGAGAAUGGAGCAAGAAUGAGAGGAAAAAGGCCGGCAGAAAAGCAUGAACUGGAGGUUUGUUGAGCUCCUCUACUUCCUGUUUGUAUGGGGCCGUAUCUCAGUGCAGCCCUCCCACCAGGAACCAGCUGGGACAGACCAACAUGUCUCCAAGGAAUUUGAUUGGCUUAUUUCAGACAGGGGGCCUUUCCACCACUCCAGGAGCUACCUAUCCUUUGUGGAAAGACACCGACAAGGAUUUACAACCAGAUAUAAAAUAUACAGGGAGUUUGCCCGUUGGAAGGUGAGGAACACAGCCAUUGAGAGGAGAGAUCUGGUUCGUCAUCCAGUACCCCUCAUGCCAGAGUUUCAAAGGAGCAUCCGUCUGCUUGGCAGGAGACCCACCACUCAGCAGUUCAUCGACACCAUCAUCAAAAAGUACGGCACGCACCUCCUCAUCUCUGCCACAUUGGGAGGAGAGGAGGCUUUGACCAUGUACAUGGACAAAAGUCGCCUCGACAGGAAGUCAGGGAAUGCCACUCAAAGCGUCGAAGCUCUGCACCAGCUGGCGUCGUCCUACUUUGUUGACCGUGAUGGCACCAUGAGGAGGCUCCAUGAGAUCCAGAUAUCAACUGGAGCAAUCAAGGUCACAGAGACACGCACUGGGCCUCUGGGCUGUAACAGCUAUGACAAUCUGGACUCUGUGAGUUCCGUCCUUCUGCAAAGCACGGAGAGCAAACUGCACCUUCAAGGUCUUCAGAUAAUCUUCCCUCAGUAUCUGCAAGAGAAGUUUGUCCAGUCGGCCUUGAGCUACAUCAUGUGCAAUGGCGAGGGCGAGUACGUGUGCCAGAGCAGCCAGUGCCGAUGUCAGUGUGCCGAGGAGUUCCCGCAGUGCAACUGCCCAGUCACCGACAUCCAGAUCCUGGAGUACACGCUGGCCAACAUGGCCAAGUCAUGGGCUGAAGCAUACAAGGACCUGGAGAAUUCAGAUGAAUUUAAGUCAUUUAUGAAGCGUCUCCCCAGCAACCACUUCCUGACCAUCGGUAGUAUCCACCAGCACUGGGGCAACGACUGGGACCUGCAGAACCGCUACAAGCUCCUGCAGAGUGCCACGGAGGCUCAGAGGCAAAAGAUCCAACGCACUGCCCGCAAGCUCUUCGGUCUCAGUGUACGCUGCCGCCACAACCCCAACCACCAGCUGCCUAGAGAGAGGACAAUUCAGCAGUGGCUUGCAAGGGUCCAGUCGCUUCUCUACUGCAACGAGAACGGGUUUUGGGGAACCUUUCUGGAGAGCCAGAGGAGUUGUGUGUGCCACGGUAGCACCACACUUUGCCAGCGCCCCAUCCCCUGCAUCAUAGGAGGGAACAACAGCUGCGCCAUGUGCAGCCUGGCCAACAUCUCCCUCUGUGGCUCCUGCAACAAAGGCUACAAGCUGUACCGAGGCCGCUGCGAACCACAGAACGUGGACUCUGAGCGGAGCGAGCAGUUCAUCAGCUUCGAGACCGACCUGGACUUCCAGGACCUGGAGCUGAAGUACCUGCUGCAGAAGAUGGACUCGCGCCUCUACGUCCACACCACCUUCAUCAGCAACGAGAUCCGCCUGGACACCUUCUUCGACCCUCGGUGGCGCAAGCGCAUGUCCCUCACUCUCAAGAGCAACAAGAACCGAAUGGACUUCAUACACAUGGUGAUCGGCAUGUCCAUGCGCAUCUGCCAGAUGCGCAACAGCAGCCUGGACCCCAUGUUCUUUGUCUAUGUCAAUCCCUUCAGCGGGAGCCACUCGGAGGGCUGGAACAUGCCCUUUGGGGAAUUCGGCUACCCCCGUUGGGAGAAGAUCCGUCUCCAAAACAGCCAAUGCUACAACUGGACUCUCCUGCUGGGCAAUCGGUGGAAAACGUUUUUUGAGACAGUCCACAUCUACCUACGUAGUCGGACUCGGCUCCCUACCCUGCUGCGGAAUGAGACUGGCCAGGGCCCCGUGGACCUGUCUGAUCCCUCCAAGAGGCAGUUCUACAUCAAGAUCUCGGAUGUGCAGGUGUUCGGGUACAGCCUGAGGUUCAACGCCGACCUCCUGCGCAGCGCAGUGCAGCAGGUGAAUCAGUCCUACACACAGGGCGGCCAGUUCUACUCCUCUUCGUCCGUGAUGCUCCUCUUGUUGGAUAUUCGGGACCGAAUUAAUCGCCUGGCCCCUCCGGUGGCCCCGGGGAAACCGCAGCUGGACCUGUUCUCCUGUAUGCUGAAACACCGCCUGAAACUGACCAACAGCGAGAUCAUCAGGGUGAACCACGCGCUGGACCUCUACAACACUGAGAUCCUCAAACAGUCGGACCAGAUGACAGCCAAACUCUGCUAACGCGGGACCCCGGGCCAUGGACUGUCCCUUUUGUUGUACAAACACAACAGAACAAAGCAAAGCUAAACAAAACACAAAAAUUUGUAAAAUGUAAUUAAUGUUCAAAGAAAAAGGAGGAAAAAUCUUCAUUUGUUGGAAAACUAAAACGUUCUAGCAACUGUAUAAAAA